AUGGAAGGAGGUAGAAAACCUAUGCUUAUGUAUUUCACCGGCAAAACCCUAGGCAAUCAAACAUUUUGCAGUAUAUCAGAUCCAUCGAAAUCUUAUUCUACCUGGAAUCCAGAAUUUAGGAGAUCAAAGCUUCUAACGGUACAACAUGGUUGGUUUCUUUGGGAAAACAUUAUAUCAAAAUCUAUCAGUACCUUGUUUCUUUGGAAUCCAUAUAACCUUAACAAAAUCGUUCUCCAGCCACUUGAACACAAUGGCGCAGAUUUUGGUAAUUGCAUUUUGUCAUCCCCUCCAUCAAAUAAUCAAACAUGCUCCCUUUAUUUAUUUGCAAAACACAGCCCUUCAAUAUUCUACUACCAACUUGGAGAUAAACAAUGGACUAAAGUGUGUUUUUAUAACGAAAUCGUGAGAGUUUUAGCCAUGCAGAGAAAAGCUCCUUUGGAUGAAUCUAUGAGCUAUUUUGAUAAUCCAGUUUACUGCAAUGGUUCCUUCUAUGCAGGAAUGAUGAUUUUGUCUGACUAUAUUAUGGUAGUUAUUCAAAACCUUCAACCUAAUGGCUUUACAAUAAACUGCACACAUGAUAGGAUGAUAAAACAGCUACCGACUGGUUUUGAGCAACUUAUAAGUCGACUGAUUGCAUGCAACAAUGAAUUAUUUCGAAUUGAAAUUUUCUAUGACCUAGGUAAGGUUACUGCAGUUUGUGUUUUUAAAUUUGAUUGUUUUCAACGAGCGUGGGAAAAGGUGAAAAGCAUCAAGGAUAAAGUCUUCUUUAUAUCUAGUCUUGAUCCAUCCUUUGUUUGUCAAGCAAUCAAUCAAGAAACUGAAGGAGGCCGUAUCUACAUCGCCCUAGGGACCUCCAAUUUCGUCUAUAUUUACAACAUUCAAGACAAUUGUAUUGUAACUCGUCAACCUUUCUCCAAUUUAUCAUCAAAAAGACUGUCUUAUUCAAGAUGGGUCAUGCCAAAUACAUGGAUGGCUGAUUCAUUCAAACAAGAAAUAGGAGAAUUUCAUCAAAGUAUAUGUGAUGUUGAACAUUUAAAGGAUGGAGAGAAUGAAGCUCACAAUGGAUUUCUACUUUCUCUAGACGCGGUUGAAGUGAUUGCAAAACAUAUUAAUAAUGUGCUUGAUUAUUUGAAUUUUCGAGCUACCAAUAAAUUCUUUCGUCUAGCUGCACCACAAAUUCAAUGGAGAUCAUCUUCUUCAAUGUCAAGGUUUGAUGAUCGCUUCACAUGUCCUUUACUUGUGUUCUCAGAGGACGCGGUCUUCACUUUUGUCAAUCCAAAGCAUGGCCUAAAGUACAAAUACAUGAUAAAUUUUCGUCAAUGUUGGAACUUUAAUUCAGAAAUUUGUUGCUCAAAAGAUGGUUGGCUAUUAUUGGGGGCACUUAAAAAUAGCAAAGGAUUUCAAGGUUUCUUCAAUCCCUUUACAAAACAAGUCAUACCACUUCCAUUUUGGGAUAUAGAAAUCAAGAAUACCAGAUGUGUUGGCAUGUCACAUUCCCCAACCUCUAAUGAAUGCGUUGUCGUUGAGUUGGAUAAAAUAUUUUUCUUUUCUCCCAUUACGACAGCAUUCGUACAUCUCCUUGGAGACAAAUUUUCUGGUCAUUUCACAUUUGAAGACUGCAAAUUUCCUGUCUGCAAUGUAAGUCCUGUUUUUCAUAAUGGAUCAUUUUACUUUCUUAGCGUAAGAGGAAAGCUAGCAGUACUACAAGUAACAAGAGAAAAUUAUAGUUGGAAAGAACUUCAAGAGCCUCAAACUCCAUGUAGCAGUUACUUCAACAGCUUUCUAGUUGAAUGUGAUGGCAAUUUAUUGGCAGUAUUUGAGAGCACUAUUGCAAAGGGUGGAAUUCAAGUUUUCAAGUUGAAUGAGUCUACAAUGACAUGGAUCAAACUUCAAAAUCUCAAAAAUCACAUGAUUUUUGUUGGUAAAACAUCAUUUUCUGCAGUCGCAACCGUUCCUGGAAUGGAAAACAAAAUUUAUUUUUCAAGAUUUUAUGAGCACAGUCUUGUGUUUUAUUCUUUACAAACAAACAACUACCACACAUUCCAACAUGAUCAGGUGGUGAAUUUUCAUCAUAUGAGACAACACUUGAAUGGAAGUUGGAUUCAACCAAGAUGGCAUUAA